GCAGACAGUUUCUCCAGGUUAAAGCUGAUUGGUCGCUGUUCUAUUGGUGUCAUUUAAAUUGCUUCACUUACACCAGUGUUCACACGUCUCCUGCCCCAUGAAGCAGACAACUUUACAAGAUCAACAAUACUGACAUCUUGUGCCAUCAUGAAGUCUUGGAUUAUGUUAACAUCAAUCCUUGGAGCAGCUUUCUCCAUUCCACUUCCACCUCAUCCCCAGCAUCCUGGAUAUGUCAAUUUAAGUUACGAAAUACUGACACCUUUAAAAUGGUACCAGUCCAUGUUGAAGCAUCAGUAUCCUUCUUAUGGCUAUGAACCGAUGUCUGGAUGGCUGAAGAAUCCAGUGGCUCCCAUGUCUCCAAUGAUGCCACAACAACCUCUCCCACAUCCACAUGCAAUUCCAAAACUACCAUUACACCACCCGAUGCUAAUGCCACAACCACCAAUGAUUUCCGCACCUGGCCAUCAUUCUCUUUUUCCUCCUCCCCCCUCACAUCAGUUAAAUCCAACUUACUUGACAAACCCUGAAAGUCAACAGCCAACACACAUACAACCUAUGGAACCACCAAAGCCUGACCUUUCACACCAACCUGGUCAGCCAAUUUACCCGAACCAAGCACAGCCUCCUCUAGUUGAAGAAAGACCACUUGAGCCAUGGCCACCAGUAAGCAAGACUCAGUUAGAGGAGCUGGACUAGCUUCCAUUGGAACAGGGAAAAAGGAAAGACAUGCAAGAAAGUACUGACAUUUCCGACAUUUUGGUCAAAACAAUUUCCCAUUUUAACUGUUAAUGUAACUGCAAUGAAAAAAGGAAAAAUAAAAC